AUGACCGACUUGGGGACCUACACCAAACCCCUCGCCUACCUAGGCCUCUUCACCCUAGCAACAACAACCCUCUCCUUAAUCCGCCAAGCAACAAUCUUCCUACGCCCCAGCACGCUACUAAAAACGUACAAUCCAACGCGCAAAAACUGGGCCCUCGUCACCGGCGCAACAGACGGUAUCGGCUUCGGUUUCGCGCAAGAGCUCUGCGCCCGUGGCUUCAACGUCAUCCUGCACGGCCGCAGUGUCGAGAAACUGCAGCGCCGACAGCGCGAGCUGCAGGCUGAGUUUCCCGAUGCGAAGCUCGGAUACGUCGUGCGCAAUUCGCAGCAUGUCACUGCUGAUAUUGACGGCGUGGAUGCAGAGGUUGGGGAGAUUUUGGGCGGUGGGAAGUUGACUGUUCUUGUUAAUAAUGUUGGUGGGGAGACUAGGCCUGCUACGCUGCUUAAGGAGUAUACUUUUGAGGAUGUGCGGGAUACUGUUUCGCGGAAUGCGAUGUUCGCGAUUCAGAUUACGCGUGUGCUGACUAGGCGGUUGGAGGUGGAUGCGCCUGGUCUUGUGUUGAAUGUUUCUUCUGUUGCGGCGUUUGGGUUGCCUUAUAUUAGUGCUUAUAGUUCGUCGAAGGGGUUUGUGGAUUCUUUUACGAAGUCUUUGCGCGCUGAGUUUGCAGCUGAGGGGAACGCGGUUGAGGUUAUGGGGUUGAGAGUUGCUGAGGUGAGCACUUCUGGGUAUGAUGUGAAAAGUAAUUUGUUUGUUCCUGAGGCGAGGGUGUUGGCUGGUGCUAGUUUGGAUCGGGUUGGGUGUGGGCAGGAGGUUGUGUGGGCAUAUUUCUGGCAUUGGGUGCAGGGCUUGUCGUUUGAUAUUCUACCGCGCUGGUUAAUGUUGAAGUUUGCUACGAUGAAGCUCAAAGCUAUCAGGACUAACAUGGAGGCCAAGGCGAAGAGUACUUGA